AUGACGUCACGCACACCGCGCCAUUUUCCAUAGCAACAACCAGCCCAGUGGCAGGGGCGUGGCCAGGCGUGAGGUAAAGCGGCGCGCGCUAGUUCUGGAACAACGUGUGACGGACAGCUGGGUAUCAGAACAUGGCCGCCUCUCACAGUGCAUCGCUGAUCUCUGCCUCUGCUGUGGAGACCUCCCUGUCAUCCCUCAAGAACUGCCAGGCUUAUAUCGACACCGGGAUGGAAAUCACCACUGGAGUCGCCCUGGAUUUUAUACAGAGUGGAUGUGAUGCCUCACACGUGGAUGAGAUGGAAUCUGUAAUGCUGCAAUAUGCUGCACUAAACAGGGAUCUGAACCAGUAUUUGGGUGCAGUGGAGGAAACCAUGCGGAAGGUGAGAAGAGACCCACCUGAGGAGAUCCCGGAUUUGAAGGAGCUUGUAAAUAUGACCUACAAUGCCAGUCGGAAAAAGAACAAGGAUGAAGCGCUAAAGAAAACCGAUAAAUUCAUCCAGUUUAAAGAACAGGUCAGAGACCUAAGGAAGCAAAUGGGCGUUUCUCAGGAGUCAGCAGAUCAAGAUUCGGAGGACGACGAUGAAGACAUUGCAGUAACGCAGAGCAUUGCUAACUUCACCUGCCCGAUAACACAGAUGGAGAUGGUGAACCCGGUGAAAAACAAAGUGUGCGGUCACACGUACGAGAAAGAAGCCAUCGAAAGGACGAUUCAGAGCCGGCACCAGAAGGAUAAGAAUGCCAGGUGUCCCAAAAUCGGCUGCGAUGUCUUCGACAUGAACGUAUCAGAUCUUGUUCCAGACUUGGCACUCAGAAGAGCCAUUGACAUCCAUAAGAAACAAAGUCAAUCCAAGCAAUGACUCUAGAAUGCAGGUUGGGGAACCACGUGGUGAGAGAAAGCAAAGCUGAGGGGGUGUGGAACCCAAAAUAUACAGGGUCAACUCUAAUUUUUGUUUUCAAUCUAAAAAAUAUAUUUUUGUUAAUAAAGUUGCUUGAUGUUUU